AUGAGAUUCAACAGCAAUGAGAACAACUUUGAAGAGGAGAUAAAGCACGAAGAGGGUCUCAGCAACGAAGAGGACAAGUAUCAAGAUGUUGAUGAGAACCAAAAAGUAUUCACUCUCACUCAGACCACAAGAUCAGCAAGGAAAUCCCAACCUUAUUCCUUUUAUAAAUAAGAUUGAGUCUCAAUUCACCAUUAAGGAGAUAGACAAAGAUGGCAAUGAGGUAUUAAGAAAUCAAGGAAAGAUGAUCUUCCUUGAUAGGAACAAUCUUAAGAGAAGAGUUAAUCAAUUUGUUGGGUUUAGUGAUCUAGAAUGGUAUACUGCAGCCAAACCCUCCACAAUACAUUCGGUCGUGUGUGAAUCAGUCUGCAAUGAUGAUUAUCAAGAUGGAUAUCUGAGAUGUAUUAAUCAUGAUGAGUACAUGAACACUCAGUCAAAGGAAUCUUGCUUUUCAAUGAAUAUCCAUCUUGAAUAUGGUUGCAACUGUGCAGCUAUCAUGCCUGUCAAUAAGACCUCAACAGAAUUAUUAGUUGACGAAGUAGCCUCACAAAUUGAGCAAGAGGGGAGGGUUUUAGUGAUAGCUGGACUUGACAAUGGCUCCAUCGUUCUCUCUCAUUGUUGAAUGCCUAUAGAUGAAGGUAGAGGAAUCUCUGAAAAUGGAAGUGAGCUGAGAAGAGGCACUAGAAGAUCAAAGAAGCAAGGUCAUCCAGAAGAAAUUUUCACCAGCAACAAAGAAUCCGAAAUUAUAUUCCUUCAUUCAGAUGCAGUAACUUGUGUUGCACAAAGACCAGGAUAUCCUUUCCAAUUUAUGACAACCUCUCUUGAUGGAGAGGCCUGAUUAUGUCUUUCGACGGGAACAUUUAAAAAUGGAGAUUUAGCAAUCUGAAGAUUCAGUAGGAAGAUUUUUCAAGGAGGGAUUGGAGCAGCUGCUUGGAUAGACACUGAUAGAUUACUUCUUAAAAAUGCCGAGUAUGGUGAACUUAAAUUGCUAGAUGUGACAGAUGGCGAAGCAAACUCUCCUAUACUAAUCUACAGGACUUCAAACCUGUGUAAAAUUAACAACUUCCAUAUCAAUUUUCCUUUCCUGGGAGUUGCUCAAGAUGAUGGUAAAUUAAUGAUAUUUGACUUAACAAGAAUUGAUGGUUAUAAAAACCAGAUAAUGGACCCUAUUUUCCAGAUGGAACGACCUGGUGAAGCAUGUAUGGAUGUAGUUAUCCUCAAAGACACAUUCCGUAUAUACUCAAUUUAUGAAGAAAGCGGGAUAUUUGGCUACAAUUUCCCUGAAGAGCAAUUUUCUAUAGAGAAAACAGAGUGGCACUGAGAAUUCGAUACUGAAAAAUAUGGGUUGCCAGUAUCCAUGAACGUAAUCCAGAAGGAAAAGUUUAAUGAGCAUGAUGAGCAGUAUUGCCAAGACUUCAUCAUGGUCAGUACAGACCAUGGCCUCAUAGUUUAUUCAUACGUAAAAGUAGAACCAUAAUG